GACACCUAGAUUACUGGCAAACAUGGCAAGCGUGCGGACUGCCAUGUCAUUUCUUAGUGUUGUACUUUGGGUAAUCUUGGCCUUUACAGUGGAAACAAAGGCCCAAAAUUCAACCGAAAGAGAAUGGUGGAAAGAUACAAUCGUUUACCAGAUUUGGACGAGGUCCUUUCAGGAUAGCGACAGCGAUGGAAUUGGCGACCUUCAAGGUGUAAAAAGCCGACUCUAUCACUUCGUGGACUUAGGAGUGGAAACGAUAUGGGUAAACACAAUCUACCCUUCACCUCUCUCCAAUUCAGGGUAUGACGUGACGGAUUACAAAAACAUUGAUUCUACUUAUGGUGAUCUCGACGAUUUCUAUGAACUUGUAACUGCAGCUCACGACCUUGGGCUGAAAGUGAUUCUGGACUAUAUUCCAAACCAUUCAAGCAUCAACCACACCUGGUUUAAUGCCUCGAUUUAUCGUACUCAUCCCUACACAGACUACUAUAUCUGGGAUAAUGGAACUACUAAUGCCAGUGGAUACAAUAUUCCCCCUAACAAUUGGGAAAGUACACUAUCUGACGACGGAGAAGGCUCUGCUUGGUCCUGGAACGAAAUUCGUCAACAGUGGUACCUGCAUCAAUUCACCGCAAAUGAAGCUGAUUUCAACUUAAGAAAUGAUGCUGUAAUUGAAGAACUCCUGGACAUUCUUGAUUUCUGGUUAGAUAAAGGAGUAGAUGGUUUCUACAUAAAUGGGGUCCCUUACUUGCUCGAGGACGAAGAUCUGACUGAUAAUCCCACAGGUUCUUUAAUCCAUACCUUUGGUCUUGCUGAUAACGUCGGCCUGCUCUCUAAAUUCCGAGAACGCAUAGAUACGUGGGUGUUACGUAACGACAACAUCACAAAAUUCGUGGUAGCGGAAGGUUUUGAAAACGUUGAAAACCUAAUGGCGUAUUAUGGCAAUGAUACAAAUAAAGGUAUUGCGCCAGUGAACAUUGAGUUUAUUCAAAUCCUGACCAGUACUAGCAACGCCUCUUAUAUCAAGAGUACGAUUGAUGAAUGGAUAUCGGCACUUCCAUCAAACCAAACCUCUAACUGGAAGCUUUCCAACCAAGACUAUUCUCGCAUUUCAUCGAGAUAUGGCCUCAACCGUGCCGAUGGCCUGAAUAUGUUCAUCCUCUCAUUACCAGGACGUGUUUUCACAUAUUACGGCGAAGAAAUUGCGUUACUCGACAACAAUGAAAUAACGUAUGCAGAAACCAUUGAUUCUUUGGCUUGUGCUGCUGGAGAGGACAGCUACACAACUGUCACAAGAGAUCCGUAUAGAACACCCAUGCAGUGGGACACCACGUCGAAUGCAGGCUUCACCGAAAGCUCGAGUGCUUAUCUUCCUGUGCACACAAGCUACUUAACCAGAAAUGUAGAAUCACAAAUAGCUAGUACAAUAAGCAACAUUCAGACUUACAAAGCAGUUGCAGCAUUAAGAUCAAAUCCCACAUUCAUUUAUGGAAGUUGUGAGAUUCAAACUUUGAACAAUGACAAAGUUCUUAUUCUGCGAAGAUCACUGGACGAUAGCCCAACGUACAUCGUGGUAAUCAAUCUUGCCUUAUCGAAACAGACCAUCAAUGUGACCGAAAUAUUCUCAGAUGUGUCAACCAAUCUCACAAUUGCUGUUCGUUCUGCCAAUGCUGUUUUUUCUGACACUACAGUUACGAGUGAUGGAUUCAUAUUGACAGCUAACGCUGCGGUUAUUCUAACAGACGGUGUUGACGAUGGUGAGUCUUCUUCCAGCGAGGGCCUAGCUGCAUCUGUAAAGAAUAUCGUGCUAUUUUGCGCAUUUGCUAUUCUUAGUUUUAAAGAUUGGAUGCUUCUUCUCCAGUAACUAAUCCGAAUUCUCUAUGGGUAGGACACAUGUGCUUGUUUUUGCAGUAGUAUUGUCAGACAGUAGUGAGUAGAACACUGUGCCUUGAAUUUGAAAGAAAGAUGUAUUUCGAAUUAUGUAAGUACGCUACUGGUAUAAAGUAAAUUAUCCUUACAGAGAGCUGGCGGAAAUGACGGAUUCUGAGAGAAAACC